AUGGCUCCGAUUCUCGAUGCUCAUGCGCGACCGCCAGAGUCGAUGCGAGACCUUUUUAAGAUUCGGCGGAAACAGUCACUCGCAUCAAUCGAUGCUGAUCUUGAGAUAGUCGACCCUCACAACCCAAGAGCCACCGCUGUAUCGUUUUUGCAGGCAUCAGAUCAAUGCGAAAAGAGCGAGCUCGCUAUGUUGGAGCGAGAAUUUGCCAAAGGCAUUGCACUCCCACAUAUAUCGACACCAAUCAAUGAUUGCUGGCCUUUGCCCGCAUUCGAAAUCAACACCUUGCCCGGCCUGUUUGUAUUCCCUUCGCUGCUGACUCCUAGUCUGCAAAUUACGUUACUGGAAAAGCUCCUACAUCGUGACCUGAGCAAUCCUGAGCACAAGACCAAUUUGCAUCUGCACUACAACAUCGAGUAUCCUCCUGUGACAGAAGUUGACAUGCAAAAUACUGGCUAUGGCUCCUUUUCUUUCUUUAGCUCUGACCAAACAACAUCACUAAAUCCUCGAGACCCCUCGGUCCACCGUCCUCUCACAACUGCCCAAAUGCUUGGUUCGAAGCUGCGAUGGGUGACCUUGGGAGGCCAGUACGAUUGGACCAACAAGGUCUAUCCCAAUGAGGCGCCGCCAAACUUUCCACCAGACAUUGCGUCCCUGCUCAAAUCCUUUUUUCCUUCCGUUGAUGCGCAAGCUGCCAUUUUGAAUUUCUACAGUCCCGGAGAUACCUUGAGUGUACACCGAGAUGUUAGUGAGGAAUGUGAUCGAGGUCUCAUUAGCAUAAGUAUUGGAUGUGACGGUCUCUUCAUUGCCGGAAAUGCAGAUGGGAGCGAGGUCGUUACUCUCCGCCUGAGGUCUGGAGACGCCAUCUUGAUGUCAGGAGAAGCCAGAUAUGCCUGGCACGCUGUUCCGAAGAUUGUGUCUAAUACGUGUCCUUCCUGGCUGCAAUCAUGGCCGGAUGUCGAUGGUACACACAAAUACAAAGCGUGGCAUGGCUGGAUGAAGAAUAAACGCAUCAACCUCAAUGUUCGACAGAUGAAGGACUAA